GCCGGGAGAAAAGAGGACGGGAAAUAACAAUGAUUGAAAGAGCGAGAGAGAGAUGCUUCGCUCCUAUUUCAAACUAGCUUGAGCUAAAGGAGGCUUCCUCAUCCUUCUCCCGCCUUCCUAAGGCAAGCUUUUUCGGAAGCCAAGGGAAGAAACUAAACAACACUCACCUCGGCAGAAGCCGCAUCUCUGAGGCAGAGAACUAGAGAGGGGAAAACCUGCGCUACUUUUUCAAGAGGCGAUGGAGGGAAACGGGCCUGUCCAGAAUUCAACUUGACUCCCCCCGCCCCCCCGCACUCCGCCGGGAGCAACAGAAAGCGGUUUCUUUUGGGAAGCUCACUUAGUCCAGCGACAGAAGGCACCGAGAAGAGGGAUAGAUUCUCUAGCCGCGCGGCUGCUACAAGGUUUAUUGGAGGGCAGGAGGAGGAAGGAACCCGCCGAAACUCAACCUGCCUCUGCUUGGAGGGAAAAGGGGAGGCGUCUGCGGUGGUCAAAGAAGUGCCUGUCCGCAGAAGGGAGCUGCGUAAGGCGCGCGCCUAUUGCGGCUCGAGGCUGCGCUGCGCUGGAGUUUUUGCCGGGACCUCGUGAAGUCAGCCUCGCGGCUUGGCGCGCUGAGGUGAAUGAGAACGAGGCGUCGCUGCGACUGCGGUGAGGUGACCGGCUUCGUGGGGAAGCAAGCAAAGCUGGAAGAGAGGCGUGCGGGUGGAGGCUCGCUCUGCCUCCUCUCACCAACUCAGCUUGGGGCAGGAGGGGACGCUGGCUCGACAGCUAUGGUGUGAUGAUAAAAAGAAAGAAGUGCUGAAGUUCCUGUCAGAUAAGCUGUCGAAUGAAGUAUCUACUUAAAAUAACCCUAGUUGAAGCAAUAAGUGACAGGAGCACAGAGAAAAGGCCAACAUAGUGACAUCAGUAAAAGAAACAGAAAGGAGGUCAUUAUUCUUAGAGUGGACAGCUUCAGAUUCCUAAGAGACGACUCCUGGAAGUUUCAGAGGUCCACCCAUUGGAUUCUUUAAAGGACCAGCAUUAAGUUUGGAAACAAUCCUGGUCUGGCAAUGUGGAUUUCACACAGAAUGGGCAGUGCAAAGACUUGGCUUGGACUCAGUAUGUCCUUAUGUGUUUGCUUAAUGAUGAACCUCAUCACAAUGGUAUUAUCUGAGAGCACCAGACCACCCAGCAAAAGCCAGGGAGAUAGCCUGUCAGACAACUUGCUUCUGCAUCAGCGAAUGAAAAGGAGCUGGGUAUGGAACCAAUUCUUUGUUUUGGAAGAAUACACCGGCACGGAUCCUUUGUAUGUGGGAAAGCUCCAUUCCGAUAUGGACAGAGGAGAUGGAUCAAUCAAAUAUAUUCUGUCAGGAGAAGGAGCUGGUGUUGUGUUUACCAUCGAUGACACUACUGGGGAUAUCCAUGCCAUUCAGAGAUUAGACCGAGAAGAGAGGUCCCAGUAUACCCUGAGGGCUCAAGCCCUGGAUAGACGGACAGGCAGGCCGAUGGAACCAGAAUCUGAAUUUAUCAUCAAGAUUCAAGAUAUCAAUGACAAUGAACCUAAGUUCCUGGAUGGACCAUAUGUUGCUUCAGUGCCUGAAAUGUCACCAGUGGGCACCUCCGUUAUCCAAGUGACAGCAACAGAUGCUGAUGAUCCUACCUAUGGGAACAGUGCCAGGGUAGUCUACAGCAUUCUCCAAGGACAGCCAUAUUUCUCUGUGGACUCCAGAACAGGCUUAAUUAGGACAGCACUAAUGAACAUGGAUAGAGAAGCAAAAGAAUACUACGAGGUGAUUAUCCAGGCCAAAGAUAUGGGUGGACAACUGGGAGGACUAGCUGGUACAACUCUAGUCAACAUCACACUCUCAGAUGUCAAUGACAAUCCACCCAGAUUUCCACAGAAACAUUAUCAGAUGAGUGUAUUGGAGUCAGCUCCAGUCAGCUCUACUGUGGGCCGUGUUCUUGCUAAAGAUUUAGAUGAAGGCAUUAAUGCUGAAAUGAAAUACAGCUUUGUGGAUGGAGAUGGAUUGGAUGCCUUUGCUAUUACCACUGAUCUCAGUUACCAGGUUGGCAUCAUCACAGUGAGAAAGCCCUUGAACUUCGAGAGCAAGAAAAGCUACACUUUAAAAGUAGAGGGUGCCAAUCCCCACCUGGAAAUGCGUUUCUUGAACCUAGGCCCAUUCCGUGACACUGCAACUGUGCAUAUCAGUGUGGAGGAUGUGGAUGAGCCCCCAGUGUUUGAGCCCAGCUUUUAUUUUGUGGAGGUACCUGAAGAUGUGGACAUUGGAACCACCAUACAAAUGAUUCAUGCCAAGGACCCUGAUGUGACCAACAACUCAAUCAGAUAUUCCAUUGAUAGAAGCAGUGAUCCUGGACGCUUUUUUUACGUUGACAUUACAACAGGUGCCUUGAUGACUGCAAGACCUCUGGAUCGGGAAGAUAUUUCGUGGCACAAUAUCACUGUGCUGGCCAUGGAACUGAACAACCCCUCCCAAGUUGGCAGUGUUCCAGUCACAGUAAGAGCCCUGGAUGUGAAUGACAAUGCUCCAGAGUUUCCCAGGUUCUAUGAGGCUUUUGUGUGUGAAAAUGCAAAACCUGGACAGUUGAUUCAGACAGUAAGUGCAGUAGACCAAGAUGACCCACAGGAGGGACAGCACUUCUACUACAGCUUGGCUCCCGAGGCAGCUAACAACCCCAAUUUUACUCUAAGGGACAAUCAAGAUAACACAGCUUGGAUUUUAACCAGGAGAUCAGGCUUCCGGCAGCAGGAGCAGAACACCUUUUACCUUCCCAUCCUGAUAGCUGAUAAUGGACGCCCCAUGCUGAGUAGCACUGGGACUGUAACAAUUCACGUUUGCAGCUGUGAUGACAAAGGUCUCGUGAUGUCCUGCAAUGCCGAGGCUUACAUACUCCCUGUCAGCCUGAGCAGAGGAGCACUGAUUGCCAUUCUAGCCUGCAUCUUUGUCCUACUAGUGCUGGUGCUGCUGAUCUUAUCCAUGAGAAGACACAGGAAGCAGCCGUACAUCAUUGACGAAGACGAGAACAUCCACGAAAACAUUGUCCGAUAUGACGACGAGGGGGGUGGGGAGGAAGACACAGAGGCCUUUGACAUUGCUGCCCUGUGGAACCCUAGAGAGGUGCAAGUGGCCAUGAAGAGCAGGCAGGACAUGAUGCCAGAGAUUGAAAGCCUCUCCAGAUACGUGCCUCAGGCCUGCACGAUGGACAGCAGUGUUCACAGCUACGUGUUGGCCAAGCUCUAUGAAGCAGACAUGGACCUCUGGGCACCUCCUUUUGACUCUCUCCAGACCUACAUGUUUGAGGGCAAUGGCUCAGUGGCAGAGUCGCUCAGUUCCUUACAGUCUGUGACUACGGACUCAGAGCAGAGCUAUGACUAUCUUUCAGACUGGGGGCCUCGCUUUAAAAAGCUGGCUGAAAUGUACGGUGCCACAGAAGGGAAUGGGGCCUUUUGGUAACAAAAAGGAAAGGGUGGGGUACUUGGUACUCCAUGCAGCCAUCCAAAUUUGUACUCCUCAGAUAUGAGGACACGGGUGAGAUGGCCUCCUACAAAUAGCAAUAUGGUGCUUAAGGGAGAAUGCAGAAGAGGAGUGCAAAUAAAUAAAAGCUCUCUCUGGAUCAGCUUUACUCAGUUACAUUAAGCUAUAUUUGUAAACGAAGACAAACAGAAAAGGGGUGGGGAGUAUUUCCUGGUGGGUUUAAAAAAAAAAAUAGCUACACUUGAAUGCUUCACUCCUGGACUAGAAUGACAUUAUCCUCUUUUAUUUUGUUUUUAAACAUGACAGCUUAUUAAGUUCUUUACAUCUGGGUGUGAAGACCUGUAAUUUUCAGUUCAGGAGGAAAUCGUCCGCAGAAAGCCUUCCCCCAGUGGAUUAUGCCCUCCUUUCCAAUCUCCAUUUAUAAAGCAAUUGCUUGCUAGCAAUUCAAGAAGGCACAAAAUGAGGGGGGGGGGACACACGUAAAGCCAGUGAAACUCUGGUUUCUGUCACCAGCAAGAGUCCUUGAGUCCUUCAAAAGGGCCUGACUUUUGCCACCUUGCACAGCAGAAGGGUCUGAGUGGGGUGGGGAGAGCAAUUGAGUGGCACUCAUUGAAUAACAUCUGAUCCAUGUGUCAUACACAUUAAUACUAAUAUCCAAUUAAUGUAUGUUGCAUCUCUCCUCAGCUUUCAAAAAACGUGGUUCAGAAUUGAGCCAGAAAAAAGAUGCCUCUUUUUGCACUGUAGAUAUUUCUUCCAUGUGCCAAAUGUGAAAAUUAGAUGCUACAAAUGAAAGCCAAAUAAAAUGCAAAUUAUUUGAUAACUAUAUGGGUUGGAGGGGCUUUCCCAAACUAUGCGAGAUCAAACUGAGGGAAGUUUACACUGUAGGUAACCUACUUGAACAAAUGCAGUAUUAUAGAGGAAUAAAUGGAUGUAAUAAAUAUUCCAUAUAUAAGUUUUGUAUAUUUGUUAAUAAUUUUGGUAAUAAAUAUCAUGUACUGGAUACAGCUCAGUACCUUAGGACCUCUUUUAAUAAAAGUUAAACUGAAGGAAAACCUGCA